UUUUUUUAAAGUGGCUAUCAAGUGCAAAUACUACCAGAUAUAUAAGUCCAUCGACCCGGCCCAAUAACCGGGCGAUAUAUAUAUAGUCCAUAAAACACUCCGUCAAAUAACAGUCCACUCAGGUGAAUCUCACUUCGCCGGUAAAUCAAGAUUCCGGUGAGCUCCGGCAUCCACAUUCGUCGCCGAGCUAAAAAUUGAGAUAUGGAUGUUACUUUGGCGACAAUAUUGUUGGGGGUAUUGCUAGCUGUGCUCAUUGUUAUACCUCGACUUCGUAGUAAAUCUGAUCAGCCCGAAAAGGUUGCCUCAAAACCUCAGAACAAGGGAGUCCAAACAUAUAGCAAAGCUGAAGUUGCGUUGCAUAACAAGAGAACUGAUUGCUGGAUUAUUAUCAAAGAUAAGGUGUUUGAUGUUACCUCGUAUGUCGAAGAACACCCUGGGGGUGAUGCCAUCCUAGAUCAUGCCGGUGAUGAUUCGACUGAAGGUUUCUAUGGGCCGCAACAUGCUACACGAGUAUUUGAAAUGAUUGAUGACUUCUGCAUCGGAAAUCUGGAAAAGUAAUUGCUUACUCCCGUUGAUUGCUAUGGAAAUGUUCAUCUGCAACGAAAUUUAAGGAGAGCUCGCGUGCUGCAUGAUAAAGCAUCCAUAUUUAUGUCUACGACGACCUAUUGUUCGCCUUCUAUAUACUCAAGUUCUGCAGUGCUGACUUUCCUAAUUUCAGUUUUGCAUACUUGGGAUAUGGUCCAAAUUUUGAUAUUUGAACUCCCUAUUUGAUGUAUAUUGUAUUUUUAUUGUUUUGCAACUGCAAUUUAGUAUUGACAAUGACUUUUGUCAUGGAAUCAAACAGUCAACUUAUAAUCUUUCUUUUUUCGAUUUUCCA